AUGGCGCGCGAGCUCGGGCUCCGCCCCGCGUGCGCCUCGCACGUGACCGGCCCGAGGCACGUGACCGCUGCGCCACGUGACGUGGGGCACGCCCGCGACCCCGGGCGCCCGAGUCGGGUCUCGACGCCGGGCGGGCAGGGAGGUGGCCGGGCCCGGCCCGCGGCUGCGGGAGGACCGGCCUGCGGCUCUGCGCCGCGGGCCGAGGGUGGGCGCGCCUCGGCGUCGGGGGCGCUCCCGGAGGAGGGCGGGGAGGGGGACACUCCCCGAGGGUCUCCACGAGGGCGCGGAAGCGGACCCUCUUCCUGGGCGUCGUCUCCACGAGGGCGCGGAAGCGGACACACCGGGAGGCUCGCAGAGCGCGGGCGCAGGAAGGCGGGCGCAGUCCGGGGCGGAGGCGCCGCCGAGGGCUCGGGGACUGCCGGCUGCGACCCUCCCGGAGCGUCCCAGAGGGCCCGGGCGGGGCAGCCGCAAGCCGCCCAGAAAAAGCCCCCGCCCGCCGCCUCCGCGGCUCUCCCCAAGGGCCUCUCGCCGCCGCCCUGGUUCCGCGCUCGCCUCGGGACUGCGGGUCCUCUUCUGGGCUGCUGUCCGGCCGCCCCGGCCCUCUGCGGAGAGGCGGCCUCCUGCCCUGUGCACCCCACCCGCUGCGGCCUCCGCGCCUCGGACCCCCCGCUCGGGAGCCGCCCACCGUCGGCCCGCCCAACAGGCUGCGACUCCCGUGGGGUUGUGUUGCUGUUGGCCCUCCGCUUGUUCGCUUUUUGUCAUACUGUUCCUGGAGCUUCCCAGGUGGUGCUCAGCAAUAACUCAGACCCAGAGCAGCUUCCGAAUGUGAGCCGGGCGCUCUGUGUGGUGGUGACACCUCCGCGUGAGCUCCCCAGCGGGGACCGAUGCCCGCCCCUCUGGGAGACGGGCUCUGCGCCGCACCGCGCGCUUCCUGGGCGGGAGUCCCCACGCCACCUGAAGAGCGCUGCGCGGCGGAGCGUCCUGCAGUUACCGAGGUUUAAGAUUUACACCAAAUCUGUUCUUCUCACCCGGGAAUGGCCAGCGUUUGUCACGAGCGCUGGCUACAAGUACCGUUGUAUUGACUGGAACAACCCCACGAGGAGCAAGCGUUAUUAUCUCUUAGAAGAUAAGAAGACUACGGUUUAG